AGUCCUAAUGAGCUGGCUCGCGCGGAGCAGGAGGGUUGACAUCUCGGCUGGACCGUGAACGCGAGAUUCCUCGCAGAGCCCGGUUCCCGCAGCUGCUCCGCACACACCGCACGGCUGCCGCGGCUGCCGCUGGAGACGCGGCCGCCUGCCCGGGUUCCCUCCGCUCCCGCUCCCGCCUCCGCUUCUUCCGCUUCCUCCCUCCUCUCCGCUACUUUUGACUGCAUGUUCAGCCACACUGCCUCCCUGUGCAUCUUCACUUCGGCCCCGCCGCAGCCCGGGCGACCAUGGACAGCCGGGUACUCGAGCAUCCUCACGCGCAGUUCGGAGGCUCCUUGGGGGGGCUGGUGGGCUUCCCGUACCCGCUCGGUCCCCAUCACCACCACCACCACCAUCACCAGCACGUCUACGAACUGGCCGGCGGACACCAGCUGCAGUCCGCCGCCGCCGUGCCCUUCUCUAUAGACGGAUUACUUAACGGCGCGUGCUCGGCCUCGGUGGUCGGUUCCAACCCGCUCCUGUCGCCCGACAGCCAGCAGUUCAAACUCUCAGAUUCUGGGGACCCGGAUAAGGACAGUCCCGGUUGUAAACGGAGACGCACGAGGACGAAUUUCACCGGGUGGCAGCUGGAGGAGCUGGAGAAGGCGUUCAAUGAGAGUCACUACCCGGAUGUGUUCAUGCGGGAGGCGCUCGCGCUCAGGCUUGACCUCGUGGAGUCCAGGGUUCAGGUUUGGUUCCAGAAUCGACGCGCUAAAUGGAGAAAGAAGGAGAACACAAAAAAGGGCCCUGGGCGGCCGGCUCACAACUCCCACCCGACCACGUGCAGCGGGGAGCCCAUGGACCCCGAGGAGAUCGCACGCAGGGAGCGCGAGCGCGCCGAGAAGAAGAAGCGGAAACAGGAGCGGAAGCUGCUGAAGUCGCAGAACAAACUCCUCCCAGGUGAGAGCUUCCACACGCCCGGCGGCUCCGAGAGCGACAGCGGCGUCUCCCAGUUCACGGACAGCGAGCAGCAGCCCUGCAGCGGCAACGGGACUAUCCACAUGGAGCUGCCAGCGGCCAAAGGCGCAGGGGGACACCAAACCGAAUCCAGCUGUGACCAAACAAGACACAACUUCAGCCAACUACAGAAUCAUCCAAACCAAAGAACCGCCGGAGAGCCGGAGCAGGUUUCUCCAGGAAGCACACACGGCUCCGGUCCCGGAGGCCCGAGGGCGUCCGCCCUGCAGAAGAGGAACCCUUUCAGUGUGGAGAGCCUCCUCUCCGACUCCACGCCUCGACGGAAAGCUCCGCUGGACUUCCCCUCACUGCCCAGCGCAAGGACGCUGGUGGGGAAAGGUCACUUCCUGCUUUACCCCAUUACCCAUCAACCCUUGGGCUUUCUUGUGCCCCAAACAGCCCUGAAGACCGCACCGUGUCAGGACAACAUCAACAGACUCGCCCUAGAACAGAGAUGUGUGCCCAGUGAGGGGAGUCCCACUCCCUCUGACCUCUUUGUCACGAAGCCUCUAAAGUCGGACCUUAACGAGCAUGACGAGCAGCACCACCACAAUCACAUUAGCAAUAGAGUGGAUGGAACAGACAUGGAGGACGGCGCUGGCGGAAGGUUUCCGGGGUCCCCUCCACCGAGCGGCGCCGCUCUGUCCAGGCUCGUGUCCACACAGUCGCGAGGCGGCGGCGGCGGCGGCGACGAGAGGAGCCUGAAAGUUCAAGCGGAGGCGGCGGCCGACGGCUGCCAAGCCGCCGGGCUGUGUGCGAAGGAGGAGCGAGCGUCUCCAGACCUCGCCGAGUGUCUCAAGGCAAACACAGACUGUCAAGAAACACCCAGAACAGAUGGAGAGGAUGUCGAUAUGGACUAACACUUGCGAGGAGCAAACAUAAACAAAGGACCAGGAACACUGCUCAGACUAUUCAAACAUUCCCAAAGCUCUGAUGAGACAUUUUAAAACAUAUCAGGAAUCAGGAGACUUAAUUCUCAUCUAUUUUUUAAUCAUCGAGUGUGAUCAAUCCAGAUGGCUCCAGAAGCUGUGGCCGUCCUCAUAUUCAGGCUUUAGGCCUAAACAUUUCUAGAAGAAGGAUGUCCUCUCUCUUUUUUGGUGACCAACUUGUAAAAGAACCUAGGCUACAAUAAACGUCUCACACAACAAAAAUCCUCAGAUAUUGUAAAAACAAAAAAAUGAUAUUUAUAUGUAAACAUUUUGAUAAAUAAAGUAAUUGUUUAAAUUGAA